CGGCAGCUGUAUCGAAGACCCUUAUAAGUCCGCUGGAACGAACGAAGCUUAUUUUACAAAAUCAGGAGGCGUCUCAUCAAAUUUUGAAAAGUGAUGUGCCGAAAUACAAAGGAAUUAUCGACUGUUUGAUACGACUUCCUAAAGAGCAGGGUAUUCUGAGUUAUUGGAGAGGAAAUGGGGCAAACAUACUUCGUUACAUGCCUUUACAAGCUCUCAAUUUCUCCUUUUAUAAUAUGUACUACGAUAUAUUUCAAAGUUAUCGUUGUGGUGAUUUAAUAAAAACAUUUGGUCCCGGAGCUCUUGCAGGACUUAGCAGUAUAUCUGUUGUUUUUCCACUGCAAUUCUGCACCACAAGAUUAGCGGUGGAUAUAGGAACAGAUAGCGGAGUGAAUGCACCAAAACGAGAAUUUUAUGGGUUAAGGCAUUGCUUAUCAACUGUCGCAAAGGCCCACGGAAUUUUGGGGUUAUAUAGGGGAUAUAUAGCCAGCGCAGUAGGCCUAACGAUCUAUCGAAGUGUUUAUUUCGGACUCUACCAAACAUAUAAGCAAUUUAGUAAAUCAUACUUUCAACAAGCUCACUGGGAGGGAGGCAGUUUUAUAGCAUUUCAAUUGAUGGUAGCCGAGACCAUUACCACGAUUGCUGCUUAUACAUCCUAUCCAUUUGAUACUGCCGGAAGAAGAAUGAUGCUUGAGGCAACUAAGCCAAUAGAAUACCGACAAAUCAAGAAUUUGAGACACUCGUUUUAUGUAAUUUACAUGAAAGAAGGCAUAAAGGGCUUCUAUAAGAUCCACCUCUCCCCUCUGAACUCCUGUUUCUGCCUCUAA